AUGUCUACCAUUGUUCAGAUGUUUGCGUUUGAGGAUGGGCAUUUAGCUGGCGGAUACAGCACUCAAAACUUCAUGGAAACUAUGAAUAACAUUCGCCUCCUUAUGUUAUGUGUGGAAAUUUGUCUCAGGAACAUUGCCUGUAUGAGUGUUUUCUAUAACACAGUCACCAGGGCUUGUAGACUUCACAGCAACGUGUUCUAUAACUCCGAUUUCUUCGUCAGUGAAACAGGAUGGCACUACUACAGAGCAGUCGGAGAUCCUAAAUGUGAUGUUUAUAACGGAUUUGUCCAUCAGCGAGAUGCAGGCCUUUGUUAUCGGGCAGAAUCUGAUCUUCUCACCAAGACGCUUUCAGAUAGCGCAUGUUCAGCGAGAAAUUCCACGCUAGCAAUUCUGAACAGCGAGAAGAAACAAAAUGUGGUUGUCGGCACACUCAGUCUUAUGUCUAGAGAAAGUUUCGUUGGAUUCUAUAUAGGAGCAACUUUAAAUACAGGUAACUCUCAGUGGUAUUGGAGGGACGCCACCCUGUUGGUAUAUAACGCCUUUGAUGCAGCAGACGACAAACUGGUGUCUGAAACAUGUGUCUUGAUGGUAGCAGAUGUUUCAUACAAAUGGUAUUCGGAGGCGUGCACAUACACUGCUGGAUAUGUCUGUGAAGUUGAUCUUUAG